AUGCCGAAAGGAAAGCGACCAAGAGCGAUGGCUUAUGUCCGCAAGAGAGCAGACUUCACGGUAACACUACGAUCUGACCUAGCUAAUGACUUAGACAUGCAGAUCCUCGAGGUACAACAGGCACCCCAUCCAACAACUCUAAUCGUCAACAUCUACAACGAUAACAAGAAGCAGGGUAAGAGAUCCGCAGUGAAAAGGCUGCAGAAGGUAGCGCUACCGAACGAAAUACCGGUAAUCCUAUCGGGAGACUGGAACCUACACCACCCACUUUGGUCACGACACGCAACACCUGCAAAUGAGAUUAUGGAGCGCACAGUCGAUUGGCUGACAGAACGAGGAUUCAGCAUCCAGAAUGAAAAGGGCGAGCCAGCCUUUUUCUCUCACUCACACAAAACAUACUCGACGAUCGAUCUGACCUUCUUGAACCCGAGAGCGACAGAGCUGAAUGCCACCAAGAAAUGGACCAUCGACAGGACCAAAGCAUUCGGCUCUGACCACUUUGCACUGCACUGGGAGCUUGACUAUAGAGCAGUCGAGAUAGAGAACGUGACAGGUAAGAAGUACAAUUUCAAGGAUGCAGACCUGAAGGAGUGGAAGGCGGCAUUUCAGGUGGCCCUGAACAAGUGUCAGGCCCACCUGAAUGUCUUGCUCAACUUAGAAGAUACAAUGACGACAGAACAGUUGGAUGGGGCAACUGAUGCACUGACAGAAGCAAUGCAGGCAGCGAACGAAAUGACGGUUCCAAUACGGAAACCAAGCGACAAGGCCAGACCGUGGUGGAACGACGCUCUGGAAAAGGUAAACAAGAGGAUUGCACAACAACGCUCUGCCAACCUGGAACACAACAAGCGAUGGGGAAUGCAAUCCCCGGCCAUUGCAGUGACAAUCAAGAAGAGCUGUAACUACUUCAAAUGCCUAUACAAGACCUCAAGGGACAAGUGGAUAACGAAGACCCUGGAGGAUGCAGAGACAAAGGAUAUAUGGAGCUUUGGUAAGUGGGGCAAAGGGGAACGCACUUACCAGUCGCCAGCAAUUUCGCAGGGACCAAACAAACCUCCAGCAGUACACCACACCGAUAAGUGUGAAGCAUUACAGAAUGAACUCUUCCAACCACCGCCACCACUAGAAAAUGCACAGAUUCCAGACCUCGCAACCCCAGGAGUGAAUGACUUCAUGCACGAACCCCUCACAAAGGAAGAGGUUAAGAACUCCAUAUUUGACCAGGGAGCUGACAAGGCACCAGGAUUGUCCCAGAACCCAUUCCGGGCGAUUCGAUGGGCAUGGGAAGUUGCAGACUCUACCAUUACUGCGCUAAUGCAUCAUUGUCUGAAGACAGGAUACCACCCAAAAGCCUGGUGA